AAUUAGAGGGAAAGAAAAAUCUAGGACAAAAAGCUCUCAAUCCCAUUAUCCCAUGAAGCAAAUCACAAAUAAAAUUUGAAUAUUUUCCCUCUCCCGAUGAUCGUCAUCAAUGGCAGAUCAGUACUCCAAAAGGCCAUCCCUCUCUCGAACACGACGACAUGCCUUCGUUUCUCCAAAAUCUUAUCCACGGCUCAUCCGGGGACUGCUGAUGGGGGUUGACAGUUUCGGGACUACUCCCUAGACCGGGGUCGGAUGCCGCGGAUUUGAUGGGCCAGGUUGGAGACGGUGCUUCUCCUCAACAGCUCGAUUCAUCUCCUUGCCUGAAUUUCUCCGAUCCUUCCGUUUUUUAUAGAACUCAAGUAAACGAAAUUGCCGCCAACGCUUUCUCUCCGGCAGGUUCUUCGAGGAGGACUGAGUUUUAUGAAAACAAGGGACGUGAAAACUCAGAUGCGCCAGGUAAUCGGAUUCAGUCGCGUUCCUCAAAGAGAUGCAGAUCAUCAGAGGAUCAUAAUUUGUCGGAAAAGAGGAGGAGAAGCCGGAUCAAUGAGAAACUGAAAUCCUUACAGACCUUGAUCCCAAAUUCUCACAGAACAGACAAGGCAUCAAUGCUUGAAGAAGCUAUUGAAUAUUUGAAGCAGCUUCAACUGCAAGUACAGGUGUUGACAAUGCGGAGUAGAUUGAGUUUGUAUCCGGGCUAUUUUGAGGGAUCCUUGCAAUCUGGCCAAUUCCGUCAAGCUGGGCUUGAAUUUGAUAAAGGAAACGCAGGUGCUUUUUCUGGACACCAAGAAAUGUUGGAACAGACCAAUAAUCAUGCUUCUAUUCAGAAUUCCACUGGUCAGUAUACUAUGCCAUCAAUGAAGAACAACAUCACCAAUCUAGAGAACCCUGUAGUUGUGGAAACAUCAAUUCAUGAUCACCAUGGACUUCUUACCCAAUUGGCAUCUAGCAAGGAUUUUCGCAGGGACGAUGGUACGCUAUCAAGAUUGCAUUUCGACACAAAUUUCUGUGGGAACAUUUCAUCUCCGAGCAUCUCUUCUUAAUUAGUUGGAAAAUGUCAGAUUAGAAUGAGCUUAUGAGUGAAAUGUUUGUUCGACUAAUGGAAGUCCAUCCGGCUUAAAGGAUGCUGAGAUGUACCGUAAACUAUGAUAUUCCACAGUAACUUUUAUUAUUUUAUUAAUUUUCCUAGUUCUUUUUGUGCCAUAUAAUGGUAAAUAUUGCUAUUUAAUGUUAUUGGUGAUAGCAUGCCUUUUCUCAACAAUAAUCUACACUCCUAUUAAAGCAUGAUAUAGUUGGCUUUAUAAAUAGGUUGUCUUCCCCUAAAAAUAUUUGUAGGUGUUAGGGUUUGGGUUGUACCUGCCAUACUUACC